CGUAGGUCGCUGGCGGACAUUUUUGAAAGCGGCGGGUUCAUCUCGCUGUGAACCCUUCGGUUUGGUUUGGUUUGGUUUGGGUUUUUUUAAACCAGAUCUUUUACUGAUGGGUCGAAGUGAGAUGCAGGUUUUCAUGUUUUGAGCAUUUUCCUCUCUCGAUGGCUGGAAGGCCUGGGGGGGUUUUCGCAGACUGAAGAUGAGUGGAAAUUCCAAAAGACAUUUUGAUAAAAGCCAUGGCGUGCUCAAUUAAAAAAGGUGGCUUUUAUUCUCCUGAAUCUACAAUAACGUCUCUUCUUGCAAGUUGCAACCUUGACAGUAAUAACUCCUGCUCAAGCAGUUCAAUUCACUACAAAGAGAAGCUGUACAACUCUGCAUCUCAGGCACUCGAGGCCUACAUCGAAGAUUUUGAUCUCAGCCUGGUGUCUCCAGAAGUAAGCACUGGAAAAAUCUGCAUAAGUCAAAGUACUCCUAAAUGCAUCAAAUCCUCAGAAUAUUGUUCCAAGCAAAAAUAUGGUUUGGAGGACCUUAACCAACACGUAAAACUAGAUUCUAAGGCAUCAUCUUUUAGAAGACAACGUUUUUGUGACCUAGACUUGGUUAGUCUCACAACAGAUGAUUUACUAGCAUUUCCACCAGAUGGAUCAUUGCCUUCUAUCCGGUCUACUCCCUUUGGGUUGGAGCUUCAAAGUAGUGAAAGGAAAAAGAAGUCACUGGGAAAAUCAAGAUUCUGUCCUUACUAUGGAAUGUCUUCCUUCAAGAUUGAAAGAGACUUUGAAGACAAUGGCAGUAUUGGCAAUCAACAUCCACCCACAGAUUUGGGCAAGAAGAAACGCAAUGUAUAUAAAUCUCUCAAAUAUGAUUCUAUAUCUGAAGGAAAAGAAGAAGACUUUCCUUCUGAACAGCACUUUAACUCUGUUUCUGUUAAGAAUUAUCCAAGAUGGCUUACUAGCCAGAAGUCCGACUUGAAUGUGUCAGGGAUAAGUAGUAUUCCUGAUUUUAAGUAUCCUGUCUGGCUCAAGAAUCAUAACCUUUUAUCCGAUUCAGAUGAUCAAAGUUUUAAUCAAACACAUAGCAUACAAACACAUAGCAUACGGAGUGAUCCUUCCAUAUUACAAACUCACCAGAAUCUAAAAAAGAGCCACUUCAUGGAUAAACCGGACAGUUCCCAUAACUGUUGUGAACAAAAUAGUUAUUUGGAUCUAGUGGUUGACAAAAUAGCAGGAAAGUGUGACUGUGACAGUCCAAAUACAUGCUUCCAGCCUGGCAGUAUUUUAUCAAGUCAGUCCAAGCAGCCAUUCAGAGAUGACCAGCUUGAAUUGCUUAUCUUGAAGGCAAGAAGAACUCUAGAAUCUUCAGCUGAGGAUUUAGCCAGUAUUAUGAAAAAUGAUGGCAGUCCCUGUACAGUAGACAUACUGGAAGCAGAAAGAUCAUGGGAAAAUGUGCCAAUUGCUUUUAAGCCUCCAGUGCCUGUACAGUGCGAGGAAGAGGAGAAUGCUUUACAAUCCCCCAAGGCAAAUAUUGUUAAUGAAUUCCUUGAAGACUGUUUAAAUAAUGCCAAUCAGGAAAAUACCUUUUCUGGAGGUAAUCAUCAUGGACCAGUUGAAGCCUUGAAGCUAAUGUUGUUUAACCUUCAAGCAGUUCAUGAAAGUUUUAAGCAGACUGAAACUACUGAACGGAAGGAAGAACUUUUUAAACUUUCUGAAGAAGCAGUUUCUGAAUUAAAGCUAAAUGAUAAUGACGUGAUCCCUGUUACUAAGUCCCUGCAGAAGGCUCUGCACCAUUUGUCUAGGCUCAAAAGCCUAGUUGAUGAUAACAGUAGCAAAGAUCAAGAUAAUGACCAUCAAGGAGAUAAAAAGAAAGAAAACUAAAACUAAAAAUCAAGUAGUAUUGACAAUGUCUCUAAAUGUUUAUAAUUAAACUAUUAGUAUCUGUGUAUUGCGUAGCUUUGUUCUGAGAGCACUUUUGUAGUUCACAUUAAUGCUUUAUUUUAAGUCUUAUGAAGUGGAUUUGUAUGUUUUUUAUAUUUAUUUAAAAUUACUGCAUGGUAUUUCUGCCCACCUUCAGCAGUGAGGUGACUAAUUCCAAAACUGAUAUUUGUACUAAGUAGAGAAUCCAAUAAUGUCUAAAAUCUGCAUGUGACCCAUAGUUUAAAGAAUAUUUUGAACACUCGUCAAAAAGAAUCUGUGUACUAUACAUAAAAUAACUCCAAAAGUAAAUGUUAAGCCACACGUAGUAGUUGGCCAGUUAUGGCCCUCGUGACCUGCUGGCAAUUUCAAGAGCCGGAGCAAGGCUGUAGAAAUGCAACUAAGGUGAAUGUCUUGAGCCAUCUUGCAGCUGUAACCAGGUUCUGUGUGAACUUUGUAAACAUUGCAACUAGCAUGUCUGCAGGAUGUUUAAAAUGAAUGGCCUACCAGGUAAAGCAAAUAGUAAAUUCUGCAAUGAAAAUUAAGCAAAAAGGUAUAUUCGGAAAGCCUAACUACCAUAGGCAGUAAUUUGAUUUUGUGCUACGUAGUGUGAAAAUAUAAACUGCAAGGAA